AAAGCAAAAAUAGAAGAGUGCUGAACCCGAAAGACUGGCACUCAAGUGUCGAGCAGACGGAACAAACAAACCCUAGUAGCGUACACAUCCAGAAGCAUAGCGUAUGACUUAAUCUGCAGAGAGGCAGCGACUGAGCAGGGGUGAAAAUGGAGAUAACCAUGGGGGAACCCGGCGAGAUACUACCGGAGCACAAGCCGGAAAAGUCUCCCUACGAAGUUCUGCAGCAAAGCAAAGCUUCAGUUGAGGAAAUCGUUACAAAAAUGCUGUCCAUCAAAAAAGAAAGCACGCCGAAAUCUGAACUUCGCGAACUCGUCACUCAGAUUUUAAUCAACUUCGUCUCUCUCCGCCAGGCAAAUAGAUCAAUCUUGCUCGAUGAGGAUCGUGUGAAAGGGGAAACAGAACGUGCAAAAGCUCCGGUGGACUUCACCACGCUGCAGCUCCAUAACUUGAUGUAUGAAAAAAGUCAUUACUUGAAAGCUAUAAAGGCUUGCAAAGAUUUCAGGUCAAAAUAUCCUGAUAUUGAACUUGUUCCUGAGGAAGAAUUCUUUAGAGAUGCACCUGAGGAGAUAAAAAGCUCUGUUAUGUCAAAGGACAGCUCACACAAUUUGAUGCUAAAGCGGCUCAAUUUUGAGCUAUUCCAGCGCAAAGAAUUAUGCAAGCUUCGUGAGAAACUGGAACAGAAAAAAAAGGCUCUACAGGAGACCAUUGCAAACAGAAAGAAGUUCUUGUCAAGUCUCCCGUCACACCUAAAAUCACUCAAGAAAGCAUCCUUGCCGGUGCAGCACCAACUUGGAGUUCUGCACACAAAAAAGUUGAAGCAGUUGCAAUAUGCAGAGUUGCUUCCUCCGCCUCUCUAUGUUAUUUAUUCACAGCUAAUGGCCCAAAAAGAAGCCUUUGGAGAAAAUGUGGAGCUGGAGAUUGUUGGUAGUGUGAAGGACGCUCAAGCUGUUGCCCGCCAGCAAGCAAAUAAAGACACUGGUGUGUCUGCAAGCUUAGAGAGCUCUAAAGUUGAUGAUGAUAUAGAAGAGGAAGAUGAUGGACAACGGAGAAGAAAGCGUCCCAAAAAGAUACCCAGCAAGGAAAGUCUGGAGCAGGCUGGAAUUUAUCAAACUCACCCACUUAAAGUGACACUUCAUAUAGACGAUGAUGAGAUACAAUCUACAAAACUUGUCACUUUGAAGUUUGAGUACUUAAUUAAGUUGAAUAUUGUGUGUGUUGGAGUUGAAGGCUCUCAAGAGAAUCCUGAUAAUGACAUCUUAUGCAAUUUAUUUCCGGAUGACACAGGCCUUGAGCUUCCGCGCCAGUCAGCUAAGCUAAUUGAUCAUUCUAUUGUGUUCGAUGAAAGGAGAACCUCACGACCAUACAAGUGGGUCCAGCAUCUGGCAGGCAUCGACUUUUUACCUGAGGUGUCACCAUCACUUAGGGGUUUUGGGACGUCAAAUGAUGAAACAGCAAAACACGCUGCUGUUAUCUCUGGUCUAUCGCUGUAUCGGCAGCAAAAUCGGGUGCAAACGGUUGUGCAACGAAUUCGUGCUCGGAAAAAGGCUCAGCUGGCUCUAGCGGAGCAGUUUGACUCUCUAAUGAACCUAAACUGGCCAGUUCUAGCCGGUAGAAGUGUUCCUUGGGCCUCACACGAUCCUCGCUGUAGUUUGCAUGCAUGGGUCCCUCUUUGCCCAUCUCCUAGUCAGGUUUCGACACUGGCUGUCGCAGAAACAGAACAAGUUCAGCUUCCUACAGAAGUUGUGGUGGAUGGGAAAUCUGCCUCUUCAAAAGAAGAGGUAGAAAGCACGAGGGAGGAUGGGGAGCUUCCAUCUUUAGUUCCUGUCACUUCUAUAAAUGAUACUAAUGCCACUCCAAAUAAAAGAACCAAUUUUGAUCAUUCCAUAAAGCUGUCUUUCAUUUCAAAGAGUGCCAGCUCUCCAAUUAUAAAGGGGAAGUCACCGAGUUUUAAGAAAUAUGGAGAUGAUGCAGAUCUUAUUCUGGAAUCAGAUAGUGAAGUGGAUGACACUGUGCAGGUUGAGCAGGAUAGUAAUAAUACACCUGGGCUUGCCGGGUUCAGUGACAAGUCAUGGGUGGACUGCAAGGUUCAGGAAUAUUGUCUCGUUCUGACAAGAAAGAUGGAUAACGAGGAAAGAAAAAUGAAAUUGGAAUCCAAGAUCAAAAUCAGCAAGGAGUAUCCACUUAGGCCUCCUCUUUUCACAUUGAGCCUUUAUGAGGCAAUACAGUCGGAGAACUAUUCCAAGGUGGAUAGCUCUGUGUGGUACAAUGAACUUCGCAGCAUGGAAGCAGAGGUCAAUGCUCACAUAAUAAACACUAUACCUGCAGAUGAAGAAAACUUGGUCUUGGCUCAUCAGGUUCGUUGUCUUGCCUUGCUGUUUGACUUUUAUGCUGAAGAUGGGGAGUCAUCUUCUGAGAAGAGAAAGAGCACUUCUGUGAUUGAUGUUGGUUUGUGCAAGCCUAUGACUGGUCAGCUUGUCGCUCGAUCAUUUAGAGGUCGAGAUCAUAGGAAGAUGAUCUCAUGGAAAGACAGCUCUUGCACCCCUGGCUAUCCGUACUAGGUAAUAUCCCAAUGUUGUUACAUUUUGUAUUAUUAUUUCUCAAAUGCUGGGUUGUUUAAAUCCAUGUGAUUUGUCUUUCGUGCUAUAACAUGUACUAAUGAGAUUCAUGUUGCAACAUACCUAGUCAAAAUGUUAUGACUCUUAAGACAUUAGGAUGCUAUUUGUUGCCCAUCUUUUCAAAAUGAUGGGCAUGAUGAUAGCCACUUCCUCUAGCUCCAGAAUUGGUUUGACAAUGGCUGAUUGUUUAUUUGGUCAAAGAACAUGGUGGCGUUCUGCAUCACCGGUUGAGGGAGGUAUUUGAAAUGGUAUUGUUGGCACGUUUCAAGUUGUGACAUUGUUUAAGAUAUUCUCCAAAUCAAAUUAUGGAAUUGUAAAACCAUUAAGUUAUAGAUAUAGCGUAUCCGUUUGGACGGCAUCUUUUUAUACUA